CAUAGAUAGAUCAAAUCUAAGAAUGGGUGGAAUAUUCAUCUCAUUCGAUGAACAAAAACAUCAAGAAGCUGAUCUUAAUAUUAAAGCUUUAGCAACUCAAUUUGGGAUUAAUCUUGGUAUUGCUAUUCUUGUGAUGAUUGGUUUUUGUCUUCUUCGACCUAAACAUAAUUUGGUAUAUGCUCCAAAAUACAAGUAUUCUGUUGACUCAAAAAGACCUCCUGCUAUCGGUUAUGGUUAUUUAGCUUGGGUGAAACCAUUAUUAACAGCAAAAGAUGAUGAUUUAUUACAUCGUAUUGGUUAUGAUGCUGUCAUGUUCUUGAAAUUCUUACGCCUUCUUCGUCAAUUAUUAUUAAUGAUGACCAUUAUUGGACUUUGUGCUCUCAUCCCUGUUAAUAUUGUGGCAACUCGAUCAAGUGGUGACUGGCCUCCUGCUCCUGGAAUUGACUUUCUUUCUAUUUCUGGUAUCAAUUAUAUCAAUGGUAAACUCAAUACACAACCUGAUUUACGCUGGUAUUGGUCUCCUUUUGCUGCAACAUGGUUUUUUACUUUAAUGAUCAUAUACUUUCUUCAUCGUUUCUCUGGCGACUAUAUCAAACUACGACAACAAUACUUUCAACAAGAAGAUAUUGAUACUGCAAAAACUAUUCUACUCAGUAAUAUUCCUCAUCAUAUCCAAUCUGACGAAGAACUCAAACGAUGGAUUGAAUCCUUAGGCGUCCUUCCUUAUCCUAUCAAAGAAGCUCUUAUUGGUCACGCUAAUCCAAAACUCACUUCUCUUUAUGAAGAACAUGAACUAGCUGUUGAACAUCUUGAAAUUGCCUUGGCUUCUUAUCUCAAUGAUGGAACAAAGGUCGCGAAACAAAGACCUACUAUGCGCAUAGGUGGAUUCCUUGGUUUUGGUGGUAAAAAAGUGGAUGUCAUUGAUUAUUAUACAAAACAAGUCAAUGAUUUGGACAAGGAAAUCAAUCAUUUACGACACGCAAAAAAGAAGGCAGCCAACUUUGGAUGGUUAUCUUUUGAUCAAAUACAACAUGCUCAAGCUUGUGAAGCUGCCUUGAAUCAAUAUACACGUCAUGCCAACAAAAAGAACAACAAUCAAGACAAUCAUGACAAUCAAUUGGAUGCAAGACCUUCUCCUCCUGCUCGUGAUCUCAUCUGGGCUAAUUUACCUUUGGAUAAUUAUAAACGCCAAAUGAAACGAUGGUCAGGUCGACUUGUUUACUGGAUAUUUACCUUUGUAUGGAUGAUUCCUAUUGGUGCUUUAUCUGCCACUUCCAACCUUAUCAACUUGAUCCGCUUUAUACCCAAUUCCGACUCUUUUAUCACCAACAAUGCUUUCCUUAUGGGGAUCAUUCAAGCUUAUUUCACUCCCAUUAUCAUGGCUCUCUUCUUUCUUUUACUACCUUACCUUUUUCGACUACUCUCUGAACAACAAGGUUACCGUACGCAUACAACCUUGGAUCGCAAGGUCUUUCUCAAACUUUAUGCCUUUUUUAUCAUCAACAAUCUCUUGGUAUUUACUCUGGUCAGUAUCUUUGUUGGUAUUUAUGGUCAAAUCCGUGCCUUGGUGAAUUCUGGAUCUUUGAACAGUGAUGAUACCAGUGUGGGCGAAUAUGUAUUACAAAUGGCUAAAAAUAUAUCUGAUGUCUCUACAUUUUGGAUCGAUUAUGUAUGCGUGAAAGGUCUUGGACUUACCAUGGAAUUGUGUCAGCUUAUGCCUUUGGUUACCCUAUCUGUACGAAAAUGGAUCUCUCGUCCUUCUCCUCGUCAACUUCGUGAAUAUGCUCGUCCUCCGCCUUUUGAUUAUCCUCAAGGUUAUAGUAUAACGGUCUUUUUCUUCACCAUUGCGCUCUUGUACUCUGCUAUGGCCCCUUUGAUUCUUCCUUUUGCACUGAUGUAUUUCACCAUCGCUUCCUUGGUUUACAAAUAUAUGUUGAUGUAUAUCUAUGUCACCAAAAUUGAAAGUGGUGGAAAAAUAUGGCCAGCUCUUUUUCAAGCACUCAACGUUGGUGUUAUUCUCUUUCAAGUCGUCAUGAUCAUUGUCCUUGAUCUCAAAGGUGGUCACUUGCAGGCCUAUUGUAUGAUUCCCCUACCCUUCUUGACUCUUGCUUAUCAAUGGUUUUACGGUCGACGACUUUCUGAUAUGGGUUGUUACAAAUUGGAUACGAAAACUGCUAACUGGUUGGAACAACAAUACCAUUCACCACUUGCAAAGAAACCAUCUUCAAAGUCACACUCCCUGAAAAAUCAAUUCCGUGAUCCUGCCACUCAUCAUAAACUUUCUGCUCCCAUGGUUCAUGAUGAUGUCAAACACUUAUUACCUCAAGUUUAUCACCAUGUAUCUCAUCCAAAAGAAACAAUCGAAAUGGUCAAACAUCAAUACUCUUCUUCUUCUUCUCCUUUUCUACGAAACAAGGGUAGUACACCAAACAAGAAAAACAGCAUGAUAAUGGAUCUCGACGAUGGAUUGACGAUUAAGUUUUGCACCAUGACAGAAAAGGAUGUUAUCGAAACAGCCGUGGACGAUGAUGAUAGUAACUCGGACAGUGAUGAACUCGACCAUGUCAGCCAGUCUACGCUAGGCCAACAACAUAGUUCACCGACAAUGAACAGUGGAAAGUUUACAAAUAUUAUGGAUACGGAUGAUGAAACGGAUGAAGAGCAUCGUGGACUUGUACAGAAUGAUCACAUGGACCAAUAUUGGCAACGGCAGGAUCAGCAUUCAAUGCAAUCGUCCACUAGUUUACUUUCACCUAUGAACAACAACUUGAUGGUACGAACGAUGCAUGGCAAUGUAGAAACACCAACAAAUCAGGAUCUUUUGGAUUGGAGAAUGCAACGUAAAGGUGUCACAUCCGAAUUUAUUGAUAUCUAUGAAUCAUUACCAGCGCGACCGACCACUGAAGACAUGACCUAUUUGAUGAUACAACAGCAAGAGGAGGAGGAGAGGGAACGAAAACAGGUUUUGUUACGAUUAUCUAUGAUGGGACGACGCCACUCAACACCACUACAAGUUCACACAGUCACAAGGACCGAUCACAAUGAUAAUAACAACGAAGAUACGUUCACGCAGAUCCCUCGACGUACUCACUCAAUGAUAGUGAUGGAUAGCUCAACACAAGAACAACAAAGCAUGAAUGAUCAACAACGGCGUCACUCUCAACCAUUCUAUAGGCAGUAUGGGAGAAACUUCUCGAAAGCAAUACAACAAAAUGACGAUUCAAAGUCUUCCAUUGAUUUACAGCAUCAUCAUCGUUGUCGUCGUCGAUCAUUACCAUCCAUUUACAGCACUGACGCUUGCUAUACUGAUUAUCGACGGGGAUCAUGGAUUACACAAUUGGAUCGCUGGUGGACUGAACGUUUUGAUAUUUCCAAUCAACCUAUUCGACAACACGCAUUAGAACGAUCAUUGUCUGUUUUCGCAAAUUCAAAUGGAUCUUCAUCUUUGGAUACGACUCGCUUGCAACGCAGCAGGACAAUGCAGGUACAUGACUCAUUGGAUCAGCAGCAACGACAGCAAAGGCAUUAUUUGGAUAAUGAUAGUCGCAUUCGUAUUACUUAUUAUGAUGAUUUGUUGGAACAACCGGAUAGUCCUUGAAACAUCAAUAGAAACAGAAAAAUAGAUUAGAUAGAAAAUAGAUAGAUUCCCUUUGUAGUUUUAGUUUAGUUGUAUAUAUAUUUUUUUAUAUAAAAGCUUUAUUUCGACGCUGUCAUUAGAAGCCUAAUUUACACAUGGG